AAUAGAAAGUUGCACAUACAAGAGUAGUCUUUUUUUCCAUCUAGCUUAAGCUAAUUUCAAGGUUGUCAUAACUUUUUUAGUCAUUCUUUGGAGGUUCAAUAAUGGGAAGAGAAAUUGUGAAAGCAGAAUCAGUUGAGGAGACAAACUUCAAUUGGUCGUCGUCGUCGUCGUCAUCAUCAUCAACAACAUCCUCAUAUGAUGAGGAAAACAGGAUGCCUUUGUUGGCAUUGAACCAUGUUUCUUAUGUCUGCAAAUCUGUUGCCAAAUCUGCCCAAUUUUAUGAACAAGUCCUUGGUUUUGUACUCAUCAAAAGACCAUCUUCCUUUGACUUUGAUGGUGCUUGGUUGUUCAACCAUGGAAUUGGAAUCCAUUUGUUAGGAAAAGAAGAUGUUCAAUCAAAGAGUGGGAAAAUAAACCCAAAAGACAAUCACAUAUCGUUCCAAUGCACAGAUAUGGACCUUAUUAUUCAGAGAUUGAAUGACAUGGAAAUUGAAUAUGUUACUGCUACUGUAAAAGAAGGUGGAGUUACUGUAGAUCAACUAUUCUUUCAUGACCCAGAUGGCAACAUGAUUGAGAUUUGCAAUUGUCAAAAUUUACCUGUUCUUCCACUUUCUUCCUCUUGCCCACUCAAGAAAAUGUCAAGUCCUACUUUCAACCAAACAGUCUCAGAUUCCUUUUAUGGAAAUGGAACAACAAAUACAAAGAUGAAUUGCUCUGGAGAAGUGGAAUCUCUUAUGAUGGAAAAUUUAGCUUUGGACAUGAUAGACAUUUCUUUUUGAGUGAUCCUUGUAGUAGAUAAAAAGCGUGAUUUUUGCUCCUCAUUAUUAGCCCCUUUUUUUUUCCAACCCAAAUAUACCACAAAAAUUCCUUUUUGUAAUAUUAUUAUUAUUAUGUAUUAGUAUGUGUAGAGAGGUGUGAUGAAGAGCAUAUAUUAUAAAUAUAAUGUAAUAUUGUACUCUAGAAUUGAGAUUAAGUUAAUGCAUGAUUCUGGCAAUCCAUAUUAAAAAAUAAAUGAUACUAUUAGGCA